UAGAUGAGGUUUAUUUACUCAAAUACAGACUUGGAAUUAAUUGGAUACAGUAUAAAAACAUGAAAAUGUGUUUUGGAUGGGACUGUAUAUCAUCAUCGAACGUGAAAUAAAUGAAGAAACUUAUUAUAUCAUAUAGAAUGUUCUUCAUCCAAGUUAUUUCAUUACUUAUAGCAUCGGUUGUGACCACUGGUGCGCAAGAUAUUACGACUUACGAUCAGUGCGGUGCAGAUAUAACAACGGAAUCAGGAAUUAUCAAGUCGCCAGAUUACCCACAAUCUGCCGAAGAUAAGACAAGAUAUGGUAACAAUUUAAACUGCGUGUGGAAAGUGGAUUUGAACAACAAAGAAACCCUUUACGCGGCAAAGUUUUUGGAUUUAGUGACUCAGCACAGAAUUAAACCUAAUAAUGAAACAAUUUGUUAUGAUUACGUAAACAUAACAACAGAAUCAGCGGGAACACAACAAUAUUGCGGCUUUAAAAAACCAGAAGAAAUAUAUACCGGAGUCGGACCGACAUUAACAAUUCUUUUUGUAUCAGACGAAAAAUAUGGAUACAGAGGUUUCAUGUUAGUGUUUAAAGGUGUACGAGAUCAUGAUCCUUGCAAAGAAGAACCGUGUAAAAAUGGAAAAUGCGUUGUUAUGGAAGACAAAGUUCGAUAUGAAUGUGAUUGUGAACCUGGGUUUACAGGGUAUAACUGCCAUGUUGACAUUGAUGAAUGUGCUAGCGAUCCAUGUGCAAAUGGUGCGACUUGUGAACAAACAGACAACCCGGGAUAUGAAUGUUUUUGUGCGACGGGAUGGCAAGGAACUAACUGCGAAAUAGUUCGAAAUCCCGAUCCCUGUCUUAGUAAUCCUUGCAAGAAUGGCGGAACGUGCAGAGCAAGCGAUGACAAUGAAGAAUUCUUUUGUACGUGUGUAGUCGGAUACACCGGAAUAACAUGCAGAAACGACAUAGACGAAUGUGCAAGUAACCCAUGUCAGAAUGGCGGGACUUGCGAGGAUGGUGUUAACCAAUAUGAUUGCACAUGUGGAAGACUAUAUUAUGGGGGACAUUGCGAAAAGAAGCAAAAAAUUAAUGGAUGCAGAGAAGGACCAUGUUCAGAAAACGGAGAUUGUGUUUCUUUGGAUGACGAAGGAAAUUACAAAUGCGAAUGUCUCGAUGGAUGGACGGGCGUGCAUUGCGAGGAAGAUGUACAAGAAUGCGAAAGUAAUCCGUGUCAAAAUGGCGGAAUUUGUGAUGAUACCAUAGAGUUCAAUAGAUUUGACUGUACUUGUGUGGGAGGCUAUACCGGCACGUUUUGCGAAAUCGCACCACCUAUGUGUACGAACCCGGGAAUACCUUACCUUCAAGAGGGAGCGAAAUGGAUUGAAGGAUCCACGUUACAGUUUUAUUGUGUUGAAGGCUAUGUUCUUCAAGGAUCGGAAAAUUUGACCUGCUUGAAAAAUGAGACAUGGUCUUUACCGAUGCCAGAAUGUGUUGUUGACAACAACAGUACUUCCGCAGCGCAGACCGGAGCGCUUAGUCCAUGGAUCGGAACAAUGAUUGUAUUGAGCUCUAUGUUGGCAAUAACGCUGGUCGCUUUUGUAACUUGGAUUAUGUUAAAAGGGCCUUGGAAUUUUGGUCCAAGUGUUACUCGAAUAAUGUCUCUAUCACAAGUGUCCAUUGCAACAUUCGACCCAAACAAGGAAUGCUGACGAAAGAAAAAAGUUUCCGACUAAAUAAAGCGUUAAAGCAAACUUUCACUCGCGUUGAAACCGGGUUGCGGUUUGAUAGAUCGUGAUGGACAAAAUCAUCUUAGAUCCGAGUAAUAAGCUCAAACUGAACAGAUCAAGUGAUAUUUUAUCAAUUUAUAUUUUGUAAAUAUUAAGGUUUGUGCAACAAAAUCACUUAUUUUCUUUUUUACACCUUUUUCGUACGAUCGCUUGGGUUCAUUUACGCUACAAGCUUGUUCUAUAAAAGGUUUAUUCUAAUUUUUAUACUACAUUUUUUCCCCAUGAUUCACAAAUCCAGACCAAGAGGCCUUUUUAUAGUUCCUUGCCCAAAAAUAUGAAGCAAAAACUAAACAACGAAAAAUGUUAUAGAGUGUUGGCGUGUAAAAAUUUCAUUUGGUACGUAUUUAUAUUUACUGAAUUGUUGUUUUUUUCACCAAAAAAGUAAGUUUCCAUUUAAUAAUAGUGUCUCAGGGUUGUUUUGUAAGUAAGUUUUGAUAUUGCAUUAGUUUUUUUUAUAAAACUCACUCUGAGAUUAUUCGAUUUACGUCGACCUCGUUUUGUAUUUUAUUUAACGAACGAUUCUAUAGCUUGUCCUAGGAAUUUUUUUAUGUUGAAAUGUCAUUAAUGUUGAAUGUGGAAUUAGAUGUAAAAUCACUUGGACCAUUGCACAGUAUUUCGGAGAAAUAUAUUAACUAAAAAUUAUUUAUACAUGUAUACGACGAAGUUUUUUUGAAAGUGCGUUACAUAGCGAGUCUUUGAAUCCGGAGGAAAAUUAUUUUCGUCAUUAAAACAGUGUACUUAUAUAAUUCAAAAAAACAUAAUCAUCAAGUAUCGAGUUUGAAUUUCUUUCUUUUUAACAAAAUAGAAUAUUAAGUUUUAUUGUGUGAAAUACAGAAUUUUUGAUUAUGCUCAUUUCUUCUUCUAAAUUUAUUGUAAAUAAAGUAUUUUGGAAAAAAAAUUUUCAAAACGGGAAUCCAUAUUCUGUAAUUAAACUGUUUCAACAAUGUAUUGAAGAAUAUUAUUUGACACGUUCACUAAAUUUCACUUGAACAGAAGAAGAUGU